GUAGUCCAUGCUUGUCCCACUGCCCCUCCUUACUCGCAACUCAUCAUGAUCGACUAUCUUCUAGGCAGGCCAAGUCCAUCUUGGAAGCGCACUCAGGUCUUUCUCGUCCUCGUCUUCUGGAUUUGGCGGCUGGUGUACGGUAGCCCCAAUGCUCCACGGUUUCUGUGGCUCAGAAGAGCAAAUAGGCGUCUGCAACGUUUCACGCCUUGGCAAAUCAUCGUUAGUACACUUACUGCGGUGUAUGCUGCUCGAAAUUUGGACAAGAUUACUGGUUUUGGAGCGCCGGAACCUCUGGCUCGUUUGUACUCGCCCUCAUACUACCGUGCCACAUGGAUUGCGAUUGGACUUGAUGCUGGAUUUGCUACUGCUAUGUCCAUACGCCCUAAAUGGCUUAAAGACUUCUGCUCUAUCUUAUUCUCCAUCUAUUAUAUCAUCUACGCUAAUGAAGCUGACGAAAAGAUCCGUAGGCACAGAGCUGUUCCGACUGUGGAGAUGCUCAGAACUACCUGGGAGAAGACUACUAACCCAUAUCUCCGUUUAAUUGCGUUGACGCCGCGAAUGUCUCUGUGCAAGAAAUUUCUACUGCCAAGGCCUAUCACGUCGACAUACGACCGUCCUUUAAAGGUGCAUGUGUACUUUGCGCCACCUGCUGUUCAGCUUCAGCAAGCCACGGAUCUCAUACUUGAUUUCCCGGGUGGUGGGUUUGUUGCAAUGACCCCAGAACAUCAUGAUGAGCGACUGCGCUCCUGGGCGCUACGCACAGGCAAACCAGUCCUCUCCGUCGAGUACGGCAAGGCACCAGAAUAUCCAUAUCCUUUCGCGAUUGAUGAAUGCUUCGAUAUUUAUCGGGUCAUUUCUAUGUCCGCUGGACGAUGCAUUGGCAUGUCUGGUAAGAAGCUUAACAUCAUAUUAACGGGAGACUCUGCCGGUGCAACACUUGUGGUGGGCGUGAUGACCAAGAUUUUACAACACAAUACCGCGCUCCCCGCUUCUACAGCCCCUCUUCCCGCGCCUGUCGCACUUGUGCUGAGCUAUGCAGCGCUCGACUUCAAUUUUACCUCGUGGAUGUCUCCUGAAAACCUCCAGGUCCUGCGCUCCGAGCAAUCCUCGGGUAAUCUUCCGGGCAUACAUGAGUUAGCAUCGCAGAAAGACCACUUGCAACACGUCAGCCCGUUGAGUAUGGUGGGAGACCGCAAACAUGGGUCCGGACGCCGGAAAUUACAUAGACGCAGGAGCUGGAAAGAUGCUCUAUUGGAUUUUACAGGGGUAGACGCUGAUGCUGUCAGGUCGAAGCCAGUGCCAGCUCGGCAUCACUCUACCUUGGGAAUGAAGAAAAAAAGUUCCGUGGUAUCGUUUGGAACGCGUGCUGGGAGAGAUAGCGCGCGAAGCAAUCCAUUGCGACAUGACGAUAGUGGUUUUUGGGCGGGUUCUGAAAGCGACGAGGACGAGCCUGUGAGAGAGGAGGACCGGGCACUGGAGGAUCGUGUGCGUUAUGUGUACCCUGAAUGCGUCAGCAGCGGUGACGGUGCACACUUGCAUCAGAGGCUCGAGAAACAGCAGGAAAAACUCUCUGCAGCUGUAGCGGAGGCUGAUAGUAAAGCGUCAUCUACCAAAGGCGAAGACAAGAAACGGGAACUGAUUGGCACCCGAUUGACGAUGACUAGCCGCACAGGGUAUUUCCAGGAUAGAAUUAUACCUCCCAGUAUGAUGCGGGCGAUGGCCAUCCUCUAUAUUGGUCCCCACCAUAAUCCGGAUUUUGCCACUGAUUACUUUAUCUCGCCCAUCCUCACGCCCGCGAAACUUCUAGCGCAAUUCCCCCCACUUCUGAUGCAAUGUGGUGAAAAGGAUCCAUUUGUGGACGAUACCGUCAUUUUUGCGGGGCGUGUCCGGGAGGCCAAACGUGCGCGUAAGAUUGAAUUGGAGCUUGCACUUUCUGGGAAGAGUGCCCGAUUUGGGGAAACGCUUCAAAUGAGCUCCGCACACCUGGAGAGCAACGAGGAUUUGGAGAAGUUGAGGCAAGAGAGGGAGCAACUUGCGAAAGAGACGGAGGACGACUGGGUGCAGAUGGUGUUGUUCUCUGAUUGGAGCCACGGGUACCUUCAGAUGAUGUCCCUGAUGAGUGAGGCACGGGCUGUGGUGGAAGAUUUGGCGGACUGGAUGGAGGAUGCGUUUGUGAGAUACGGCGGUAAAGAGAAGGGCAGCCCAUGCGGCAGGGUUGAGGUCAAGCCUGUUGAUAAUGGUGGAACAAAGAAGAUCCGGUCACGGAGAAACUCGCCGCAAUCAUCGUCUGGUACUUCGAAACGGGUGAAUGGGGACGUACACGCCGAUGGUAGCCCUAGCCCGUUUACAUCUGAAACGGAGACGGACGACUCGGGUAUCACGUUUGUGGCUCGAAAGCGGCUUACGAUGACACAGGGAAGCUCUGUGGGAUCGACGCCUCUUAUGAACUCAUGCAGGGGAUCUGGUGAGCUUGUUGAGAGUGUGUUGGAAGCGCAGAAGUUUGGGCAGUUGCGUCGUGGGGAAGUUGACACAGCGACUAGUACGACGCCUCAGAGCAGUACGCCUCGUGGAGGGAACGGGAAGAUAGGACAACGGAUCACGGAGAGUGAGUUAUUGAGACGGAGGAGGUUAUUGGAUGCACAUAUCUUUGAAGGACCAUAGUUAGUUGUAGUAAGAAUUUAUAAUUGCUGUGCACGGGUAGAAAUGGGAACCGGGGCGUGAGACAC